GAAGUGUUAGGACGUAUCAUGUGAUUUCCUCUUGCUGGCUGUCUCUGCUUGAGUAGCUAUGUCAAAAUAAUAAGUGUGAUUUUGACAGGACGGUUUGAGGAGAACCCCGCGUUCUAUCGAAGAGGAACCCUUCAAGAUGCAGAACGUGAUAAACACAGUGAAAGGCACGGCUCUCGGAGUGGCCGAGUUCCUCACUCCAGUGUUGAAGGAAUCAAAAUUCAAAGAGACUGGAGUCAUCACACCAGAGGAGUUUGUAGCAGCAGGAGAUCACCUGGUUCACCACUGUCCCACAUGGAAAUGGGCCACGGGGGAAGAAGUCAAGGUGAAGCCAUAUUUGCCUCAAGAUAAACAGUUUCUCCUGACACGUAAUGUUCCCUGUUACAAGCGUUGUAAACAGAUGGAGUAUUCAGAUGAGCUGGAGGCCAUCAUAGAGGAGGAUGAUGGAGACGGGGGCUGGGUGGACACUUACCAUAACUCAGGUGUGUCAGGAGUCACAGAUGCUGUACAAGAUAUUUCACUGGACAAUAAUAAGGACAAAAACAUGAACGCCACAUCUGCAGCAUGUGAUGAUGAUGAUGAAGAUGAUGAUGAAGAUGGAGAAGCAGCAGAUAUGGAAGAAUACGAGGAAAGCGGCCUGUUGGAAACAGACGAGGCGACCCUGGACACCAGUAAAAUGGUAGAAACUAAAGCCAAAGCAGAUCCUGGGAGUGAAGACGCCAUCCUUCAGACUAGAACAUAUGACCUGUACAUCACAUAUGAUAAAUACUACCAGACCCCUCGACUCUGGCUGUUUGGAUAUGAUGAAGACAGGCAACCGCUGACUGUAGAGCAGAUGUACGAGGACAUCAGCCAGGACCAUGUGAAGAAGACGGUCACCAUCGAGAACCACCCGCACCUUCCUCCACCUGCCAUGUGCUCUGUCCACCCCUGCAGACAUGCUGAGGUGAUGAAGAAGAUAAUUGAGACUGUGGCGGAAGGCGGAGGAGAGCUUGGAGUGCAUAUGUAUCUUCUGAUUUUUCUCAAGUUUGUCCAGGCCGUCAUUCCCACAAUAGAAUACGACUACACAAGACACUUCACCAUGUAGCUCCGUCAGUCGGCCUCUGCUAACGCAUCAUGUGUACAUGGGAACGAUCAGCUCUUCUGCCUCUGUGUUGAGAUUAUUUCUGAUCUGAUUACAACCAGUUUGUGUUACUCUGAGACACUUUGCGUGGGUGCUGGACAAGGGCAAUAUUGACGGUAUGUGACAAAAAUGUGUUAAAGGAACAGUCUGAAAUGUUGGGAAAGCAGGCUUGUGAUCCAUGAAACCCAGAGUCAGUGUUCUUUUUGUUUUGUUUUUUUUACUUUUGACAAAGCUGGCUAGUUUCUACGACUAACCACAUCCACGGCAUAUCUCUGUAUUCGACGCACAGAAAUUACACUGACUCCGGGUAAGACUGCAGACAAGGCUCCGUCCCAAAGGUCGGACUGUUCCUCUGUUUCUCUACGGGUUUAAUGUUGUGACCACAAUGUGGUGACCUCUCACAAAGUUCUUGUUAGGAAGAUGCUGUCACAAAAACUCACCCCAUUCCAAACUGCUUCACUGCUUCACAUGUUUAAAAGAGUCAUUUUCAGAAAAUAAGUGAACCCUGGAAAAUAAGUGUCACCUCCUUGAGUUAUUAAGAAUUAGAGGGGUUCUGGAAAACAUGCCUGGAUCACAGUUCAUCAACAGUCAUCUUCAGUGUAUGUAGCUGCAUUAAGCUAUUUCCUGUGGGCUGCAGGACAAGCUGUAAACUCAACAUUGGUAUUUUAUCACCUUAUGAAGUUGUUAUGGCUAACAUGUUAGCACACAGUUGCCUAGGAACACAUCCUGCAAACAAUAUUAGCAUCCUUUUUUUUUUCUGCUUCUGAUGAAUGUAAGUUCAAUAUUCCCUCUCUUUCAGCUCUGUUUUUGGUCUCCACCACCCCCAUGAGAAAAAAUAUCCGGCUUUUUAGCUGCUGAAUGCGUCACCGUGUUCACCAGCUAGUCGCUAACCGCGUCUGUCUGCUUUUUAUUGCCGAGCAGGUCGUGUACGGUGGGAUUAUCAGAGCUGCCCGCUGCUACGUUAAAUCAGGUUGAUGAGAAUAAUGAGGCUGAACCAAAACAGUAAAAGUGUGGGCUGUAAACCCAAAACAAAAAGCUCGCCCCGCCCUCUUUUGGGGCCCUUCUCUUUAUGCACAUCCAUUUCUUGUGCAAAUACAAAUAAUAUUAUCUGUUGACUUGGCCAGCUGUUAGGAAGGAAAUGUAUGUUUUCUUGCUCUUUACCUAAAAGCAGCACAGACAAAAGCUUCUUUAACUGUUAAUAUUGUUCCCAUGCUUCACUGCAGUUGUUAUUAUUGCUACCAUUUGAAUGCACUUUGCAGGAGUCAUGGAUAAACCUCAUUAUUGUAAAUCCGCUCUUUACGCCAGUUUGUCUUAAUACUUCAUUCUCUGAAUGUGUUGAUGAUUAGGCCCGUUCAUUCACUCAUGGUUCUUGUGGUUGGCUUAUAUGGUUUUGAGUUUUACUUUUCUCUCCUCUGCUUGUAUCAGAACCUUGUGAGAUUGUCUUAUAUUUUUAUUUUUUUGGUUUGUCUUGCUUUUUACAAGCAUGGUGUAUCACAACCUACAGUGUCGAAGAGUUACGUGACGGUUGGCUGUGACCUCUAUUGUGCAGCAUUUUUGCAAAACAAAUAGAGAAUUAUUUUAUUGUCAUGAGCCUCUCGGUGUACUUGCAUAAAUAAACCUUGAAUUUAUUUCUGGUCUCUUUUGUUUAUAAGAUUGUGAAUUAUAAACUAUAUUUGGCUUAGUUACAGAAACAUGUUUCUGACAGUACUUACACAACUAAAUAAAGUAUCUGGCUCUGUAAUCUUUGCUUUGCUUUCCUUAUUGUCCGUUGUUUGGAUAAGAUACUCACUCUGUACUACCUGUUGGUCCAGUCUCCUGAUGUAACUUGCUCACUGGUAACACAUUUUAAAGUAUUUAUCAAUAAAGCGUUUCCCAAAUAUUGUAAA